GACGUUGACAACACAAUGACACGAACGUUGCUUAGGCUCAGGCAUCUACGACUGCAAUUCUUUUCGGCUUUCGGUGAUGAGACUUGUUUCUUAGGAAGGGAAUUUCAUAAUCAAAUGCCCACUCAAGACAAAGGCAAGCAAGAAAUAAGAAUGGAUAACAUUAUCGCUAGCAAUAGGUCAAGCGCUUAUUAACGUUAGCUUUGCUAGCCUGCCUAGCGUUUUGUAACAUACCGUCUUGGUUUUUAGUAUGUGGCAUUUUUGCCUGUCGUGUACCGAGCACGAUAACACCAACACUACGUCUGCUUUAUUGUGAUGCUAUGCAAUGCCCAGAUGCUUCAGCAAUUUCUCCAUCAAAGAGGGCAAGGAUAGAAACAAACUCUGCAGAAGGGAGACCUGUCCUCAGAUUUGCUAAACUUUCAGAGCAUGCCACGACACCGACCAGAGGCUCAACUAAAGCAGCGGGUUAUGACCUCUACAGUGCAUAUGACUACUCCAUUGGUUCAAUGGAUAAGGCCAUUGUGGAGACAGACAUCCAGAUAGCAGUUCCACAUGGCUGCUAUGGGAGAGUGGCACCUCGAUCUGGACUGGCAGCAAAAAACUUCAUUGAUGUUGGAGCUGGAGUUGUAGAUGAAGACUAUAGAGGGAAUGUGAGAGUUGUGCUCUUCAAUUUUGGCAAGGAUACAUUUGAAGUGAAAAAGGGUGACAGAGUUGCUCAGCUUGUGUGCGAGAAGAUCUGCUACCCAGAUCUGGUGGAACAAAAGACACUUGAUGAGACAGAGCGUGGAGCUGGAGGCUUUGGAUCAACUGGGCGCAAUUGAAAGCUGGAAUUGCAGUGCAGUGUAUAUGUUGAAAAUACUUAGACUAGGUGUUAAUAAAGUUCUUUUUUUGUA